AUGGACUAUACGGCACUUGCCCAACAAACUGCUCAAGAAAUUUUAGGUUACUAUCAAGAAACAUCAGUCUGGAAAGUGGUUAAGACUUCGGACACAUUCAUAUGUCAUACCAUUACACAAAGUUUUGCCAUGGGCUCAAUAUCCCUCCGAGACUUUAUCGACUUAGUGUAUUUGAAACACUAUGAAAGGAAUAUGGACAUUAUCAGUUCUACUAGUGUGGAUUUUCCAGCAUAUCCUCCAUCUUCAAAUUAUAUUCGUGGUUGUAACCAUGCUUGUAGCUAUAUGUGUUCACCUCUGCCAGAGAACCCAGCGUAUUCCAAACUAGUGAUGUUUGUCCAGAAAGACAUGAGAGGAAAAUUGGCCCCAUCAAUAAUUUAAGCAACCAUGCCUUCCAAUUUAGUAAGCUUCAUCCUCAAUGUAAAAGAUGGAAUAAAGGCAAACAAAAUUCCAUCAGGACGUGUAUGGAUGUCAUCAUAA